AUGGGUUUUGUGAAGGUUGUAAAGAAUAAAGCAUAUUUCAAGCGUUUUCAAGUAAAAUUAAAAAGAAGGCGAGAGGGAAAAACCGAUUACUACGCAAGAAGGCGUCUUACAGUUCAAGACAAGAAUAAGUAUAAUACUCCGAAGUAUCGCUUAGUCGUUCGUUUCACCAACAAAGAUAUUAUUGCCCAGAUUUUGUAUUCGCGGAUAGUCGGUGACAUAUGUGUUUGUGCUGCGUACUCUCAUGAACUCCCUCGCUAUGGCAUCAAAGUGGGCUUAACAAACUACGCGGCCGCGUAUGCGACAGGCCUUCUCCUUGCCCGAAGGCAUUUGACGAAGCUGGAACUUGCUGAUGCUUACAAAGGAGUUGAAGCGAUCGAUGGAGAGGAUUAUAAUGUGAAGCAAGAAGGGGAUCGUGCUCCGUUUCGUGCAGUAUUAGACAUAGGACUUGCGCGAACUACAACCGGAGCUAAAGUUUUUGCUGUGAUGAAAGGUGUUGCUGAUGGCGGUAUCGAAGUACCACACAGUGAAACUCGUUUCUUUGGUUACGAUAACGAGACUAAAAAAUAUAACGCGGAAGCUCACCGAGACCGCAUAUUUGGAAAGCACGUUGCUGAAUACAUGGAACAUCUUAAAAAGGAGGACGAAGAUGCAUAUAAGCGGCAUUUCUCAAAGUUUAUUCAGGAGGGCGUGACAGCAGAUAACUUGGAAGAAAUGUACAAGAAAGCCCACGAUGCUAUCCGCAAGAACCCAGCAGCUGUAAAAGUGGAGAAGCAGGUUGGUAUUUUUUUCCCGAGUUGUUCCGCUUGUCACUUCCACUUUGCUCUAGUCGAGGAUUUUGAAACUUUGAUUGGAAUAUUUCAGCCUCCCAAGGAGAAGAAGGUGUGGAACAAGAAGAAGUCAUCGCUAGCAGUGCGCAAGAACCGCGUGAAGAACAAGAAGGCUUACUUGCUAAGGUUAAAGGCCUUAAAAGAAGCUCAAGAAUAA